UACCCGCCCACCUAUCCGUACCGCGCGCACAUAUCUCUCGUCGGGUCGCCUUCGCGCUCAAAUCCAGCCUGCGCCUGUCUUGCCCUCCUCCCGCCCGGCUCAGUCGGAGCUACUGCGACACGAAAUAGCACGCGCGCCCACGCGCCGUCACGCGAGGCCAUGGCGACCCGCAGCCGGCGCAGUGCCGCGUCUGCCGUCGUCGCCGAAGAAGACGACUUGCAAGAAGUCCAGGACGGUCUCCGGAAGCUCAGGUUCAAGCAAUCGCUCAUCAGUCGCCCCGGCAAGCAGGUUGGCGUGACAGAGCUACUGACGCGAUUGCGCAAGCUCUGCGAUGAGCUGCGCGACAUUCCCCAGGAGGAGGCGGACACAGAGUCUCUUGAUGCCACCGCUAAAGAAUUGGCUCACCAGAGUCUUGUACACCACAAAGAUGGUGGUGUGCGCGCCUGGACAGCCUGCUGUCUGGUCGACAUGUUCCGUCUGUUCGCCCCCAACGCGCCUUAUUCUGGCUCGCAGCUCAAGGACAUCUUCACUCUGAUCGUGGUUAAGAUCCUCCCGCUCCUCGCCGAUCCAUCGCACUCGUACAACAGUCAGCACCUGUACGUCCUCAAAUCGCUCGCCGAAUUUAAGAGCAUUGUCAUCGUUACCGACAUUCCCAGCUCUGCCCAGCUUACGAGCGCCCUCUUCACAACAUGCUUCGAUGUACUCUCUGGGCCCUCGAGGGCUUCUAAUGGCGAAGAGUUGAGCAAGAACGUCGAGCACCACAUGACGCAGAUUCUGUCCAUCCUGAUUGAUGAGUCGCCCACUAUCGAGCAAGACGUCGUAGAUGUAAUUGUAGCACAGUUUUUGUGGGCCGAUCCCAUUACUCUAGGAACGUCCUCAAAGAGCAAAAAGAAUCUUCCCCCAGAUACGAAACAAUCUACUCUGCGGCGUAAAGAAGCACCCCCCGCUUACAAUAUGGCGAAGAACCUGUGUAACGCCUUUCCAGAAAAGAUGGCCCGUCUGUUCGGGAAGUAUUUCAGUCAAGUCAUAGUCGAUUUUGCAUCCGGGCCAAAGAACAUCCGCCACCGACUUGGGAGCGCAGACGAAUCUGAAGACGAAGAAACCCGGGGUCCCUCUGAGGAUGAAAUCAACGAUGCCAGCAAAGCGCAUCGAUUACUACGGGAGCUCUGGAGGUGUGCUCCUGGCGCCCUACAAGAGAUUAUUCCUCAUCUCCAAGAUGAAUUAGCCACCGAAAAUAUACAAUUGCGCCAGCUUGCGACAGAAACUUUUGGGGACAUGAUUUCUGGCAUUGGCGCAGCUGGACCACCGCCACCACCCAACCUAGAUCCUGCAGCAUACCCUUCACAAAGUCUUGCGCCUUCCUCAUCCGGCCGAGUAUUCAGCUACCUCACAACACCCGCGUCACUAAAUUCGUUUCCAUCACAUUACCCAGCUGCAUACCACGCGUUUCUCUCUCGACAAAACGAUCGAUCACCCAUAAUUCGUGCGUCUCUGACUACCGGGAUUGCACGAAUAAUCAUGACUUCGGCUGGUGGUGUUGGUCUCGACCCCGAAGAAGAGAAGAAGCUACUGGAUCUGUUCGCAAAAUGCUUGAUUGAUAGUGAUGAUCGGGUUCGACUAGCCGCGGUGAAAGCAAUUGAGCACUAUGAGUUCAAUGACAUUGUUGAUAAACUGGGCAACAAUGGGAGCAUGUCAACUCCUGGAACCGUUCUUUGGAACCUGGCCGAUCGCAUCAAGGACAAGAAGCCUGCCAUCCACACGACGACCAUCAAACUUCUUGGCAGUAUAUGGGGUGUGGCUGCGGGAGCUGUUGGCAAUGGCGAGGGACGGGUCAUUGAAAUGCUCGGACCUAUUCCAUCCAAGAUAUUAGAGGCUUGCUACGUGAAGGAUGUCGGCAUUACAGCUCAGGUCGACACCACCUUCUACGAUGCGCUGUUUCCCCUCAACUACCCUCCCAUGAAACCUCGAGCAGCUACAAAUGGCUCUUCACAGGUUGUUAAAGACAGCCAGUCUGGUGGUGGGGAGCAAGGAUAUACCGAAGCUGAUUUAGAUAAGCUUCGAGCUGAAAGGUUGUUGGUACUCGUUCACGGCUUGGAAGAGAAGGCCAAGAAAGUUUUUUUUGCCAACCAAACAAAUCAAGUCCAAAAUGCCAAGUUUAUGGAGUACUUCCUGAAGCUAUGCGAGGAGUACAACGGUGGAGUUAUGGAUAGCGGUGAGCAGGAAACCAAGAAGAAACUCGACGGAUUUAUCUCAUAUUACGCCAAAACAAUACCUGACCCAACCCGAGCCAUUGAUGAUCUUUGGAAAUUUGCGAAAGCCCAUGAUAGGCGAAGCUACCAGCUGAUUCGGUUCUCUAUGGCUCCGGAUAGCGACUAUCGCAAGAUUCACAAAUCAAUUAAAGAGUUCCGGAAGAGGAGCGAAGAGAAUUCACCGAGCCCUACUUUCCUAGAGUCCUUUACACCUCUACUCUAUCGUGUAGCCCUCCUUUGUUUCAAUAAGAGUCACGUUCCGGCCAUCAUCGCUUACACUCGCACCGACAAUGGCGGCCUUGGAUCAACAGCACAUGAGGUUUUGAAGGAGAUAUCUACAAAACAACCUCAAGUGUUUUCGACGCACGUGAAAGAUCUGUGCAAAACACUGGAGAGCGAGGCACCAACGGAGAAGACACCUAACCCACCAGGUGCUGUAGACGACCUGAAGGCUUGCGCAAGCUUUGCGAAGAAGUUCCCCAAAGAUAUUCCACUCAACACGAAGGAUAGCCGGAGACUGGUUCAAGGUUUGCUCAACUUUGCUCUUUAUGGUACGCCUGCAAAGGCAUCCAAACAUGCCAUUACCAUUAUCAUGAGCGCCGACAACAAAAAGGAAUUGCACGCCAAGGAGAUUUUGAAAAAAAGCAUCAACAAUUUCGAGUACGGAUGCAAGCACUGGUUGUCCAAGCUGGCAUCACUUAGCCAACUUGUUCUUCUCGCUCACCGUGAAUGUGAAGAUGACAUUGACGCUCUAGUCGAGAUUGCAGUCCAGAACGUUCUCCUCAAAGGCCAUCCUACGUCCGCGGAGGUCGAAGACGAAUGGAUGGAAACUCCAGACGAAGACAUCAUUGCCCGGACAUGGGCGCUUCGAAUUCUCGUCAAUCGAAUCCUUGCCCUUCAAGACGAGAAUUCACUCAAAGAAGUGGGAGACCCUAUUUUCAAGUUGCUGAAUCGCAUGGUGAAAGAGGGUGGCGAGACCUCCAAGAAAGGCAACACCCCACUUGCACAUAGAAACCGCCAGCGUCUCCUCGCCGCCAAUUUUCUUUUGAAGCUUGCUUCGAGUAGCGCUCUCCGUAUAGACAGCCAGAUUACACCGACAAAUUUCAACGAACUCGCCCUCGUAGCUCACGAUCAAAGUAUACAUAUCCGUAAAGGUUUCGCGAUGAAACUCAUGAAAUAUCUUGGCCAGAAUCGCCUCCCUACCCGUUACUAUGCUAUACUCUUCAUGUUUGCACAUGAACCCGAUGCGAGCCUCAGGCAACUGCUCAUGACAUGGCUUCGUUCCCGAAGAGCGACCUUCGCCGCGUCAAAGGACCUCUUUCUGGAGACCUCCGUAUUUGCUCGAUUGCUCAGUCUCAUUGCUCACCAUUCGGACUUCUCUAAAGAAGAAGUGGCUUUGAAGCAAAUGGCAUCCUUCAUCCUGUUCUAUCUCAAAUCAAUCGCAACGGAAGACAAUCUUGCUCUUAUCUAUCACAUGGCCGGACGUGUUAAGACAGUUAAAGACGCUAUUGAUCCUACUGGUAAUACCGAUGAGAAUCUAUACAUUCUUUCUGAUCUUGCCCAGGCCUUGAUUCUUCUGUGGGAGGAGCAAAACGGUUGGAGUAUGCAGACAUGGCCAAAGAAGCAAAAACUGCCAGGUGGCAUAUUCAAACCUCUCGAAAGUCACGACUUGGGUCAGCAAAUUGCACAGAAACAGUAUCUCGACAGGGAUUUUGCCGAUGAACUGGAGCCUCUAGUCCGCCGAGCAAUCAAGAGCAAGAAAAGAAAAGCAGGAGAGGAGAACGGAAACCCAAGAAAGAAGGUCAAAAGCGAGAGAACAGGUACCAAAAAAGAACGAGCAGUCAAGACUCCGAGAAAGAAGAGGAGAAACAAUGACAGCGACGAUGAUGUGGAGGGUGAUGCAGGGCCUUCAAGUGGACCCCGGAGGAAGAGUGACCGCAGGAGUGGAGCGAACAAAAGCUACGUCGAGGUAUCAAGUGAUGGGGAAGAAGAAGAAGAAGAGUCGCAUGCCGAAGCGGGGGCAGAAGAUAAUACUGAUGACACGUCGAAUGCUGAGUUGGAAGUGCAAGAAGACGUCGAAAUGGGUGAAGACGGACAGUCUUCACAAGAAGAAGAGGCUGCCGCCCAAGACGUGGAGUCAUCUGAUGAACCGGAGCCGCCCAAACGGAUACCUCGAGGAGGUAGGCCCGCGAGACAGUCAAACGGAGUCGCUACCUCUGUCGCAGUAUCUCAAAAACGGAAAGGGAAGGUCAGCGCUAGCCAACGUCGCGGGGGAAAACAUAACGAAAAUGAACAUGAAGACGAGGACGAGGGUGAGCAAGAAGAAGAAGAACCCGAAGAAUCCCAAGUUGUAGCAAAAGCAAAAACUCCCACCAAGGCAACCAGAACCUCAAAGCCAGCGGUGAAACCGAAGGCGCCACCGGCUAAAGGCAGAAGGAGAGCUAACAGCCCUGUACUAGCUGGAGAAGACGCACCAUCGAGCCCUGCGGCUAACGGAACAACAGCCGCACCGACUGUUCGAAGAAGUGGGCGAACUAGGAGUUGA